AGUUGCCGGUCUGUUCUUAAGUCUUCUGUCGGGCGAUAUGAGCAUGUUGCAUCCAUGUCGUCCCACUUAAAGCCUUCUCCCUCAGUGUGGGGGCCGUGUGUGGACGCGGGCUGAAAAGCCUCCAGCCGCUUCCUCAUGACAUCACAUGGUUGCAGAAUGACUUCUCUAACAUUCAUCUGUGAGGCAAGACUUCCUAAACACAGAGCGCGGCGCGCGCUCACUGCUCUGUUGAUGCGAAGCAACAAAAGGCUUCCGUUUCUUGUGCUGAUCAUUUGUAAAAGGGGCCUGCAUCCAUUUUUUAGGUAUAUUCAUAAGCCACAAAGUUAUCGGUGAUCUUGUCACCUGAUGCGACUUCCUGUCUUUGUCGCCAUGGCGACUGCAAGAGCCCCAGAGCACUGGAUACAGGGCCAAUGAGGAGGCCUCAUGUCUGAUUCCACUGAAAUUCACACCACUUGCACACCGUGCUGCCCCUGAAAAAAGAGUCCCCGACAUGGAGGAGGAAGACGGGGUGAACGGUCUCGGACUGACCCCAGGGAGGAGGCCCUCGCACUGGGGGCGAAUCACUCUGCUGGACAAGACCACGGAGUUCUUUCAGACCUGCGAUGUAGAGGGCAAAGGCUCCAUUUCCCGCACCGACAUGAGGAGGCUCCACAGGCAGCUGCCUCUGUCUGCGGAGGAGCUGGAGGAUGUGUUUGAUUCCCUGGAUACAGAGCGCACGGGUUACCUCACGCUGGAGGCAUUCUCCUCCGGAUUCAGUCAGUUCCUGCAUGGCCGCAGGAUCUCCGUGGUCGAGGACCAAAAUCAGGCCCUCGGCCCUGCCUUUAGGGCCAAGGAAGCCCUUUAUCAGAGCCAAUGGGAAGCCAAGCUGUCAGGAGUUGAAGACGAGGAGGAGGGGCACUUCUGCAUGCUGCUGGAAAGCCUGGGGGCCAGUAAUGUGUUUGAGGACCCAGGCGAAGUGCGCAGUCUUUGGGCUCAGCUCAGGCGGGAUGAGCCUCACCUCGUGUCCAAUUUCGAGGAGUUCCUGGCCAGGGUCACCCACCAGAUCAAAGACGCCCACAAGGAGAAGAAGGAGAUGGAGAGUGCCCUACAGAGGAAGUCUGCAACACAUGACAGCGAGAUCCGUUAUUUAUAUGAAGAGAUGGAGGCGCAGAUCAAAAACGAGAAAGACAGGCUGAUAGUAAAGGACGCUGAGCGUCUUCAGAUGCGUGGCCACGACCUGGAGCAUCAACUGUUCUCAAAGGAGAAGGAGCUGGAGCAUCUGUUCCAGAAGCAGAAAAGGUUAGAACUCCAGUGCCACGAGCUGAACAGUGAGAAGCAGGAGAGCCACGUGGAGAAUGUCAAGCUGAAGAUGACCAACGACGAUCUGUCCCGCGCGCUGGAGAGCACCAGCCAGGACCUGGGGCUGGCCCAGGAACAGCUGACCAUGCUGCAGGAGCAGGCGGCCCGUCUGCAGCAGGAGAAAGAGAUGGAAAUGUACAGAGUGACUGAGGGACUGCAGAGAGAGAAGCAAAGUCUCAUGAAGCAGCUUGACCUCCUCAGAGAGAUGAACAAGCAUUUAAAAGAUGAACGAGACAUAUGCUGCGGUAUACCCCGGACCUCACUCCGAAAGAAGCAGAAGCAGAGAACGGGUCUCGCCAAUAUAUUUGAUGAUACCAGCCAGCCGGCAAAAAGAGCCCCACUGUUGGUGGAUGGGUCCUACCAGUCUCUGGAGGCCUUGCCUAUAGAGCACCUUCAUAUCGUGUUUGUUGCUUCCUCUUCCUGUAGUGAAGAUGACACCACCAUUUCCGCCCCCUCUUUCUCCACCGCCACCGUUAGUGCCCCCGCAUGUCAACAACGCCCCGCUGCAAAGAAAAACUCUGGCUUAGCCAACGGUUACGCCAAACCCGAUCCACCCAAAGUGCACGAUGUGAGGCCAAAGGCCAAAAAGUCACCCGGAAAGAUGGCCGCCGCCAAGAGGGCGACGGCGAAAGACAGAGACCGAGCGAAGAAAGUGGAACUUAAGAAGAAGACGGGGGCGAAAGAGGAGGUCCUGGACGGCCCUCCAGAUGGGUGGCCCCUCCGUCGGGUCAUCUCCAUUGAGGAGGACCACCUGCCCCACCUGCUCCAUGGAGGCCCUCAACUUUUACUGCACCAGCUCAGUGAGGAGGAAGACGAGGCAUACGAUGACGAGGAAGAGGAUGCUCAGAGUGACUUUGAAACGAGUGUUGUCUUGGCAGUAGACCCCCCCACCCCCCCACCUUCUAGUCACGUCCCUGUGUCGGCAGAAGCUCCUCCAGCAAGGAAAUCCCGCUUAACGCACCCGGAAAAGAAGCCAAUGUCCCCUCGAGGACAGCCUGCCGGGAAGGAGACCAAGACGAAGACGAAAGAAGGAGCGCUGUUUUCCCCAGACCGUCUGUUCAAAGUGGUCCUAGUUGGAAACUCGAAUGUCGGCAAGACAUCCCUGCUGCGCUCCUUCUGUGAGGGCCGUUUCCAUCCUUCCACGACUGCUACUGUGGGUAUUGACUACAGUGUGAAGACGCUCACCCUGGACAAUAUGCAGGUGGCCAUGCAGCUUUGGGACACGGCAGGUCAAGAGAGGUACCGCAGCAUAACCAAGCAGUUCUUUCGCAAGGCCGACGGUGUGGUGGUGAUGUACGACGUCACUGUGGAGGAGAGCUUCAGGGCAGUGCAGCCCUGGCUCAGCAAUGUCCAGGAAGCAGCAGGUGAAGGGGUCCCCAUCCUCCUUCUGGGAAACAAAAUGGACAUGGAUGGAGACAGGAAGGUGUCAUUCAAAGAAGCUAAGCAUCUAGCUUAUGAAAACAAGGUGAUGUUCUUUGAGGUCAGUGCCUACACUGCCAAGAAUGUGACAGAGUCCCUCACACACCUGGCCAGAGUGCUAAUGGAGCAGGAGGACAGGGUGAGAGACGCAACAGUCAUUCUGAGUGCUCAGCCCGUAAAGAAGAAAGCCUGCUGCAAGUGAAGUGUAAACUCAGUUUAAUAAGUUCUAGAUCCCUUUUUGCAGCGUUAUGAGACGACAAUGAAUCCAUUCUUUGACUUUAUCAUCGAAUGUGUCUUUUAACACGCAGUCUUCCUUUUGGCCCACAAAUGCACAACAUGUGGAAGUCCACAGGUUUCAACGUGAAACCUUAUGUCAAGUUUGAACGGUGAGGCUCAGAGAAAGUACAAAAUAAGGUGCCGCCCCAUUCCCCGUACAUAGCGCUGUGUUGCCAAAUCCCAGUAGUGCGGUCUAUGAGACUUAAAAUAGAAAAAUACUCUGUUAUUAUUACUUUCGAUAACCUUCACCGUAGAGAGAAAUCAUAAAUAAACUGUAAUUUUUCCAUAAAUGAAUGCUAGCUUACAAGUCUUAAUUUCUUUGGAUUUGUCUUAUGUAUGUUUGUGUAGUUAUGCUAUAUAUUUAAGCCUAAACUGAACUCAAUUAUUCGGAAUUCAUUAAAUUAGCUGUUUCAAUGAAAAUCAUGAGAGAGAAAUCUGAUUCUUGGACAUUUUAUUCAUCAUCGUUGUUCAUCUUCUUUUUCAUAUUCUUUGUCCAAUCAAAACAAAGUGGUACAAGACAUAUUGCAUCUGUGUUUGUUGCCGUUCUGAGGCGUUCUGUUUUAUUCUGCCACCAAAGUACAUUUUGUUCUGAUUUAUCCUCAA